AUGGGUAGAACACCAGUGCUGCUUCCACCUCCAGAGCCACAGUGCCCCUCAUCUGUGAAAUGGGGCCGGAUCUCUGCCCCACUGACUUCACCAGGCCACUGGGAGAUUCACACUAACACAGCUUCCCGAACCCUUACCGUGGAGACAGCUUCUUUCUGCACUGGGCCCAGGCUAGCCGUGCACGAUCCCUGGAGAGUGACGGUGCAGGAGCAUGGCGGCACCAACAUGGGGCUGGAGGCCAUAAUUAGAAAGGCACUCAUGGGUAAAUAUGAUCAGUGGGAGGAGCCCCCGCCGCUCGGCACCAAUGCUUUUAACGCUGUGAGCGUCCGUGCCGGCCUGCCCGCUGCCGCUCUGCCCAUAACCGCUGCUGACGGACGGAGCGACCACGCGCUCACCUCGCCAGGUGGUGGCGGGAAGGCCAAGGUCUCUGGCAGACCCAGCAGCCGAAAAGCCAAGUCCCCAGCCCCGGGCCUGGUGUCCGGAGACCGGCCUCCCUCCGUCUCCUCAGUGCACUCGGAGGGCGACUGCAACCGCCGGACACCACUCACCAACCGCGUGUGGGAGGACCGACCCUCAUCCGCAGGUUCCACGCCGUUCCCCUACAACCCCCUGAUCAUGCGGCUGCAGGCGGGCGUCAUGGCCUCCCCACCCCCGCCCGGCCUCUCUGCAGGCAGUGGGCCCCUGGCCGGCCCCCACCACGCCUGGGACGAGGAGCCGAAGCCUCUGCUGUGCUCACAGUACGAGACGCUGUCAGACAGCGAGUGACUCCACAACCGCACGGGGCACAGGGCAGUGCCAGGGCCCAGCAAGGGCUCCAGGAGGAGCAGCCCGGUGUGGAGUGGGCGCUGCCGACCCCCCCACCCUCACCCUGCCCGCCCAGGAAGGAGCCCCUGAGUCCACCUGCGCGUCCGUCCGUCCGUCCAGAGCUGGCAUCCUGCCUGUCUUAAGCCUUAACUAAGACCCCGCCCCUGGCUGGCCUGUGCAGCGACCUCACUCAGGGGAUGUACACCUGGUGCUCGGGAGGAGAGAGGGAGGGAGAGGGAGGUAGGACAGCGGGCCAGGAUCAGGGCGUGGCGAGUGUGGUGAGCUCACGUGCGGCCAGGGUGGCCAGGGCCAGGGCAUCCAGGGACCCGAAGCACCUCCAUGCCACUGCCUGCCCCCUGAUGCAUUUGGAACCAAAGUCUAAACCGAGCUAGCAGCCCCUGCCCCCUCCCCCGGCCUCCCAUCCUGCUUUGCACUCUAGACAGACGGACACAGGCCCUGACCAGCCCCCAACACAGUCAUCACAGUCCCCCACAGGCUGCUCCAGCCGGUGAGACUCUGGGAGCCAAGUCAGACCAGGCGGGCGGGCAACAGGGCCAGGUGCGGCCUGGGGCGCACAGGUGCUGGAGGAAGUGGACCCUGGGAGCGUCGCAGCUGCGCGGUGGGCGAGGAGGCAGGUGUAAAUGAUGUAUUGGUUUACAGGGUAUAUUUUUGAUACCUUCAAUGAAUUAAUUCAGAUGUUUUUCGCGAGGAAGGACUUACCCAGUAUUACUGCUGUGCUUUUGACCUCCGCUUACCGCUCCAGAGGCGUGCGUCCGCAGGACAGAGGGCUGGUGGCACCGGCUCGCCACCCCCCUGCCCCGUGUCCUCCCUCCCUCCCUUCCUUAGGCAGAAUGAAUUUGACGCAUAUUCUGUGGCCGCCGUCUGUGCACGGCGGCGGUGUUCUGUCAUUUACACGCAUUCUGAUUAAAAGGCGAAUUAU